CAAAAUAAAGAUGAACAAGAAUCGGGACGGCUUCUUUAUUGAUAUAAAUUUCAUUGAAAAGACAUAUAGCGGUGCUAUUCUUUCGGUUAUUUCCUUAAUGAUAAUAGUAUCCUUAUGCAUGUUCGAAAUCCAGGCUUUCUUCGAUGACAACAUCAUUAGUGUACUAAAGAUUGAGCAAAUGGAUCCACAUGAGAAAAUGUUCAUUAACAUAGAUAUUGAUUUCCCGGCCACCCCUUGCGAUGUCAUUUCCCUAGACAUUCAAGAUGAGAUGGGCUCCCACAUGGUAGAUGUAGGAGACUCUCUCAGAAAGAUCAGGAAGAACGUGAAGAAAGAUGAAAAUGGACUUACUCCUAAAGAGCUCUCAGAUAUUGUACAGGGAGCAAUGGGCUUUAGCGAGAAAACAAUUCUGGAGGAAUUCAAAAGAGCUCAAGUCGCUUUUGAAACAGGCGAAGGGUGUUCUUUAAAAGGAUAUAUUAGUGUCAACAGAGUUCCUGGGAAUUUCCAUAUCGGAUCUCAUGCUUAUAUGCAACUUCUAGGCAUGCUUGGGCAGCAGAUUAAUCUCACUCAUACUAUUAAUCAUCUUAGUUUUGGAAGGAAGAGAGUAAUUAAAUCUAUUGAGUCAAAAUUUCAGGAUAAAGUUGGAGAACUUACCCCUCUUAACGGCCAUAAAGUAGUAUCAGAGGAGUUAGGAACAAGCACAAAUUAUCAAUUAAAUCUUGUCCCUACUCGAUACAGAGACAAUCUUGGGCUCAGACACUCUGUUGUCUAUCAAUAUACAUAUACUGUAGGGUCUGAAAACAUUGGUAACGAAGUUAUAUAUUUCAAAUACUUCAUCAAUGGAAUUACAGUAGAUUAUAUGCAAACAGCAGAUACGUUCCUCCAAUUUAUCAUCGGAAUCUGAACCAUUAUCGGAGGAGUCUUCACUGUAUUUCAUAUCUUGAGUGCGAUGCUGAACAAAUCAAUAAAUGUGCUCUACAAGGAAAGAAUUGGAAAGAAAGAUUAAUAAGCUGAUUUCAACCAUUAUUCAAAGU